CAUGAGCUGCUUCAGUUUUCUGCUUCCAAAGCAUGAUUUUUUGUUUUGACGUUUUGUAUCAGAGAGGAGCUUAAGCCUCUGUUCAGGAAUCACCAUCUCUGUUCAUCUCUCUGUCCCAAACCAUUGGCCAUGUUGGGCCAGUUUUCUCCCGGCGAGCCCUACACCACAUCUCUGUCCAGCACGCCACCCUGGAGCCCAGCAAACCAGCUUCAGCUCUUCCGCUUCCGCUCACGCACCGAGCCCAUAGACUGGAGGCGUCUCUCCGCUCUUGAUGUCGACCGUGUUGCUCGAGACAUGGACGUCAGCGUGCUUCAGGACUUCAUUAUGACCGUAACAUUCUGUGCAUUGGAGGGCGAGCGUUGUCCAAACUGCCAUGGGCCUGUUGACCCUUCUUUGGUCAAACUGCUUCGCAUGUCACAGUUGAGCACAGAGUACCUGCUGCAAUGCCAGGAUUUACUAGGAGCUCAAUUGGCAGGACUGGAGGAGCGUCUGCAGGCUGCAACUUCUCUGGUCCAGCAAGGAGAAGGACAAAGGGCUGAACUUGAAAAAAGUCUGCAGGAAACCAAGCAGGAGAAUCGGCGGAGAAAGAAGCUGAUUGACACACAACAGCUUCUCCUGCAGGCCAGCGCUAAUAAUUAUCACAAGUGCCAGUUCUGUGAAAAGUCAUUUGUCAACUACUCAUACCUACAAGCACAUGUUCAGCGGCGACAUCCUGAGGUCACAGAUGCAGAGAAACAGAAGAAAAGGAAGGUGGAAGAGAUGGAAGAUGGGAUAGAAGAGCUGAAGGAGAAACUGAGACUGACACAGAUGCAGCUACAGGCAGAGCAAGAAGCAGACAGUUUGAGGCGACAACAGGAACAAGAGGAGCAGCGAAGGAGAGAACAGUCAGAGAAGGAAGCACUGGAAAGAUGGAAAGAAGAUGAGAGAAGGAAAUUUAAUCAGGAAAUUGCAGAUCUGAGACAGCUGUUUCUCCAGGAGUAUAAAGACAUGGCAAGCAAGAGCUCAUCUAUUGAGGCUAAACUGCUGGUGUUACAGAACAAAGAAAUGGCUGGAUUCAACAAUGCACGUUUACAACAAGACAGUGACCCUGAGAAAGAAAUCAGAGAAAACAGAGAGAGAGAGCUGAGAGAGAGAAUGGCCAUAAAGAAAAGUGAAUGGAAGAGGAAAUUUCAGGAAGCACAGAAAAGACAUCUGCAGGAAAACGAAGAGCUGAAAAGCGAGAACUCCAGGCUUCUGAAGGCCUUGUCUAUAGAAAAAAACUCCACUUCUAGUGUGCAGAACCUUCAGCAGCAGGUCGUCUCUCUAUCUUCUCAGCUGAGCCAGAAGUACAGACUCAUCAAAUCCCAGGAAGAGAAGAUUAAAAAACUAUCAGCCAACCCAGUCCCAGUUCCAGUUGUUUCACAGAAUGUCGAGGAUUCUUCUGAGGAGCCAGAGGAACAAGACAGAGAUAGUCAGGAGGACUCAGAUGAACCCCAGUGGAAGGUUCCAAAGAUACAUAAAGGAAAGCCAGCGCUGAUGAGAGAAUCUAAACCCAUUCUAGAAGAAUCACUGGACCAAAAACUGGAGAAUAUGGGACUGCGAAAGGGUACCAAGGGCAUCUCAAAGCAAACUUUUAAAAGUCUGAGUUCUCUGUUGGCUGGUCAGCGGCUGCAAAAACUCAGAGAGCAGACAAACCUUCAGAAUCUUCGAGACAGCCUGACACACGAGGUCACCAGACGAGUCAAAAGCCUACAGAAGAGCUCUGGGAAAUCAACACCCAACACUUUGAAACAAAGGGGAAAGAAAACUUCAACCCCAAUGAAGAAAAAAAGCCUCAGAUCCAGGCAGGACUCAAAGGCGUCCAUUCAGAGGGUGAAAAGCCAGCAGCCAGAAACACUUCUUCCAACACCAACCCCGCGGUCCAAAGCACCACCUCUAAAUCAAACUUCAAAAACACUUGCAAAAAAGAACAGCACACCACCUUUCAGUUCAGAUGAAGAGUCAGUUGAGGACACUGCUUAUAUUACCAGCUCACAGGGAAAGCCGUCCUCUUCUGUGCGUCUUGUCCAAUCAGGAUCACUGCUGAGCCCUACAGCUGAGCCUGAUUGGACAGACAGUGAGCGGUCAGAAGUAUUAGACUCACCAAAAAUCUACAAAACUCACAAUCCUCAAGGUUCUGUUGUCCAAACACUGACAAGAAGUUUGGAAAGGCAGCUAAGCACACCAAUCAAAACUCCUAUGAGCGGGACUAGAGUUUUACCACCAUCCAGCACAACUCCUCGCCCUGCUAUUGUAAAACAGCAAGCGCUGUCUGAUGAGGAGAGUGAUUUAGAGCUGUCAUCGAUAGAAGAGCUCACAGGCCGCCGGGCAGGAGGACACAAAAGUUCAGAAGUUGAUAGGACAUCAGGGACCAGUGCAUGGAGUUCUAUGGCAAGCAGACCAGGAGCAUAGUGAAGUGUGUGGUGUAUAGUAGCUUGUCAAAUAAAUGCAAGUUUUCACUCCGAACUCAAAUCUUCUAGUAGACAUUAGAAUUUACAAAAGCAAUUAUGAAAUAUUAAAGAUCAUUAAAGGGCUGUUGUAGGCUAUUGAAUACACAGUAUGUGUACCUGCAAACUGUAGUCAAACAUCAGUUAUUACUUGUUUGUGUGCUAUAGUGAAAGCUUUAGGUGUUUUUGGAAAUUGUGUAAUUGAUAGUGCCAAACAUAGUCCAGGAUACAGUUAAUGUUUUGCGAUCA